AUGCAAACUGAAUUAAGAUCGGUGAGCACUCGUCGUGAUAACGUACCCAGUCAUUGUGAUACGGGUACGACUUGCGCUAUCACGAUACAAAUGCCAAACCCUGAAGCAGUAGGAUGCGUCGAAAAAUGUGCGAUUUUUUUUUCUUAUCUUCUAGUUAUUAUAACUCUUCCAUUUUCAUUGUUAGAAUGUUUUAAGGUGGUACAAGAAUUCGAACGUGCUGUCGUUUUUCGCUUAGGUCGAUUACGAAAGGGAGGAGUAAGAGGUCCUGGACUCUUUUUUGUACUGCCCUGUAUUGAUACAUACAGGAAAGUCGACCUGCGAACAGUGUCUUUCGAUGUGCCUCCUCAAGAAGUACUAACAAGAGAUUCAGUUACGGUGGCAGUGGAUGCAGUAGUGUACUACAGAAUAAAGGAGCCUCUGAAUGCCGUGGUCAGAGUUGCAGAUUAUAGUGCCUCAACUCGUCUUCUAGCAGCAACGACUCUACGAAACGUGUUAGGUAUGCGUGAUUUAGCACAACUAUUAUCUGACCGUGAGGCCAUCAGCCACAUGAUGCAGGCUAACCUUGACGUCGCCACUGACCCUUGGGGAGUCGAAGUAGAGAGAGUCGAAAUUAAAGAUGUCCGUCUACCAGUACAAUUACAAAGAGCGAUGGCCGCUGAAGCAGAAGCCGAUAGGGAGGCUCGAGCAAAAAUUAUUGCGGCGGAAGGAGAGAUUAAGGCUUCCAAGGCUUUAAGAGAAGCAUCUCUUGUCAUGAUUGACAACCCCACUGCUCUACAAUUGCGGUAUCUACAGUCACUUAACACAAUAUCUGCAGAGAAAAGUUCUACAAUCAUCUUUCCCUUCCCAAUGGAUUUCCUCAAAACCUUCUUAUCUGGAACUAGCCACAGCAUUCCGCCGUCACCAUUACCAAUU